CUCGUAUAUCCGUUAAGCCUCGGUUUCGGUCUUUCUAACACGAGGUUCCAAUCAUGCCGCAGAACGUCAAGAGAGCUGGCAAGCAAAAGCCCACAGGGAAGGGCAAGAAGAAGAAGACGAGUUUACGUUACACUAUUGACUGCACUCAUCCAGUAGAAGAUGGAAUCAUGGAUGUUUCAAACUUUGAGAAGUUCCUUCAGGAAAGAGUGAAGGUGAAUGGAAAAACUGGAAACUUCGGUAACAACGUGGCGCUCGAGAGGAACAAAAACAAGAUUAAUCUCACCUCCGAUAUUCCAUUCUCCAAGAGGUACCUGAAGUACAUGACCAAGAAGUACCUGAAGAAGAACAACCUGAGAGAUUGGCUGCGGGUGGUCGCCAACAACAAGGAGUCUUAUGAACUGAGGUACUUCCAGAUCAACAACGAGGAUGAAGAGGAAGACGAGGAUGAAUAAGCUGGAAAGAGUCAUGUACAGUGUACAAUAAAAUCUGUCAGCUUUA